AUGGUCCGUCUUGGGCUAAAUAGUCUCUGCUACUACCUACCCAAGCAGUGUCCUUCACAUUCCCUUUUCGAGAUAUGCCUCUUGCUACGGGCGUUUAUCUUCAAUGGCCAGGUGGCCCGUCGGAUGGGUCUCGGACCCGAGUCCAGAAUUGACAUGCUUCGAAACAUACUCACCGGUCUGGUUCGAGAUGAGACAACAGAAACAACUAGAGCCCGAGCCGAUGAAGAUCGCUUUUACGAUGAAAAGUUGACUGAUUAUGCCAAAAGGGGCGAUACUAAUGAAAAGUCGAUGAAAAUGGCUGACUUCUGGCUCACGGAAAAGAAUUUGAUUCCAAAACGUUUCAAAGUUCUGGCACUAAGAUUUGAGAAUCAGACAAGUGGCUACACGCGGAUGGCCCAUAUUCCCAACAGAGACAAUCUGGACCGUGCGCCAAUGGCUGUUCUUGAGUAUAAAGGCAACACUUUCCCACCCCUGUUCCCUGUUAAACGCGUCAGUGAACUGAACUUAUUAAACCAACUUCUGACAGGAUACAGAGAAGAAAAUGCUCAGAUGGUUGCUGAGAGUAAAGAUAUAUAA